AUGCCACGAAGAAAAGCUGCCGACCGUACGGGUCCGGUCAAGACCCGAUCUCGCGAUGGUUGCAAAGAAUGCCGAACAAGCCGUGUCCGAUGUGACACUAAAAAGCCCAUCUGCACACGCUGCUGGGAGAAGGGUUUGCCAUGCACCAAAAACUUGGUCUUGAAAUGGGAAUCCGAAUUUGCCAGUCGUGGGAUGGCAUUUGGUCGUGCUGGUGUUUGGAGUAAAGCCGGGGGUAAUCAGCCCACACCUGGCUCGCUUUCUGCAAAUGAAGUGCAUCAAUGGCGCCCAUUGCCAACUGUUAGCUCUUGGGGGUUUAUAAACAGCAGCCUUUCCACAUUCGAACAUCCAGAUGAGGUCAAUGUUGAUUUCAACGAACUCAAUGCGCUGAUCUCGGUGGCUCAAAGCUCCAGAGACGACACUGAUCAAUUAUGGUCCUGGCUGCAACAUUUUCCACAUCUCGCGGAGCUCACUACGAAUUACAACCUCAGCCUUCCCCCUUCGCUCGCACUUUUCCCCGAACUCUCCCAGUCGGGACAUGGGGAGUUAUUUGACUAUUAUCUUCAACAAGUUUGUCCACGUACCGCCGCCAGCUCCACCUUUUCGUCACCAUUUGCGUCGGUGAUCUUGCCAUUCUGUUUGUCUGCUUCUCCUACGCUUUUCAAAGCGAUUCAGGCAUUGGGGGCAUGUCACUGGUCAAGAGUCAAUCCGGGCUAUGGUGCGAUCGGCCUCCGCUACAAAUCGGAGGCUCUAAGAGAUCUUCGCCAACGUCUUUCGUCUGAAGGAUCUUUGACAUGCUCUAUGGAUCCUGAGGUUCUCGUCAUUAUGAUAAUGCUAUGUUUAUACGAAAUAGUAGACAAAUGCGACCAACAAUGGACUAUCCAUCUCAAAGGUGCCAAUGAUUUGAUCCGACUUCGAAGGAAACAGCAAACGGCACUAUCUCAAUCCACGGCACCUUCAGACCCUGUGACAAGUUUUGCGGAGCAAUUUUUCGCCUUUCAGGAUGUCAUGGGCCGAACAGCCUGUGCCAAGGAGGUAUUGUUUGGCACAGACUAUUGGAAGCCCGAUGAAAAAAACAUCGACCUUUGGAUGGGAUGUAGUCCUGAAUUGGUCUCCAUUUUGGCCAAGAUUACAGACAUGAGCCGAACCAGGAGAGAAUAUACUUCCAAAGAUGACAAAGAGUCUUAUUUCUUGCGUGCAGCCUCUCUCGAGCGGCAGCUAGAGAACUUGGUCCAGGAGGUGGGAGAGGGUGAUGAUGAAGUCCUUGCACUUGUUGCAGAUGCAAAACGGCUUGCAGCAAUGUUGUAUUUACACUGCGCCCUAUAUGGAUCUGAUCCCACCACGCCAUUGGUGAAGAGUUAUGUGCGCCAGAUUCUACGACUCAUAUCAAAUCUUCUCGACCGCGAGUCGCUAGCCAAUGUGACAUGGCCAGUCUUUGUGGCAGCCGUGGAACUUGACCCAUCUGAUGACGAAAUCUUCCCGGGCUCUGAAACCGACUCGACCUCGGGGCGGGCGAUUGUGCUACACUCGUUGGCAACAAUGGCUGAUUCAACAAUCUCCAACAUUGCAAGAACACGGGCUGUGAUUACCAAAUUAUGGCAGACCCGUGAUUCUGAUUUAAUCAAGGGGAGUUCCCCACAAAAUGACUGUAACGAUUGGGAAUGGCAUGUGGUGCCUAUCAGUAAUGCCAUGAGUCUGGCGUGA